AUAAAUUUAUUUCAUUACUGUUGUUAAAAUUGAAAUUUAAUAAACUUGAUAAUUGAAUGUAUAGUUAUUGAUUAAUGUAUAUGCGUUAAGAACAAAAAAAGAUAAAUUUGCAAAAAGAUAGAUUUCUAUUUGAUUUUAAUAUGUUUGCCGGUGAGAGGUUAAUGUAUCAGUUAAGUUCACGUAUUGUGUCAAGACAUCUUUUUCCUGUAUUAAAUGUACUUGAUAGUGCAUGUUCUGUUUCAAUGAAAUGCUCUGCACCAGCUUUUGUAAAAUGUUAUCAUGAUUUAGCUAUUCAACAAGUAUCUGCUCUGGACCGAUCAAAUUUACCAGUUAAUAAGUAUUGUUUGAGAUCACAUACUUGUGGUGAAUUAACAAGCAAAAAUGUUGGAAUUACGGUACAGCUUAGUGGUUGGAUAGAAUAUCAAAGAAUGAAUAAAUUUAUAACUUUAAGGGAUGCAUAUGGUUCUACGCAACUUGUAGUAUCUGAUGAUAGAAAAGAUUUAAUAGAGAUUAUAAAAGAUCUACCAUAUGAAAGUGUCAUACGUGUUAUUGGUAUGGUAAAUAUAAGACCUGAAGGACAGGUAAACAAAAAUAUGAAAACUGGUGAUAUAGAAGUACAAGUUGAUUCUAUAGAAGUUUUAAAUAAAGCAUCAGAACAUCUUCCAUUUUCUAUUAGACAAUAUAAUAAGGCAAAGGAAAUAACACAAAUGAAAUACAGAUAUCUUGCUUUAAGGUAUCCUGAAGUACAAAAAAAUUUAAGAACACGUUCUAAACUUUUAGCAAAGAUGAGAGAAUAUUUAAUCAAUGAAUGUGACUUUGUAGAUGUAGAAACACCAACACUUUUUAAAAGUACACCCGGGGGUGCGCAAGAAUUUGUAGUUCCAACAAGACAUGCAGGAAAAUUUUAUUCCCUUGUACAAAGUCCACAACAAUUCAAACAAUUAUUGAUGGUAGGUGGAAUUGAUAGGUAUUUUCAAAUUGCUCGAUGUUAUAGAGAUGAAAGUGCAAGACAUGAUAGACAACCUGAGUUCACACAGUUAGAUAUUGAAAUGUCAUUUGCUGAUCAAAAUGGUAUAAUGGAAUUAAUUGAAAAUCUACUAAGGUAUAGUUGGCCAGAAACUAUAACUACACCUUUUAAACGCAUGAUUUAUGAUGAUGCAAUGAGGUUGUAUGGUACAGAUCAACCAGAUUUGAGAAUACCUUAUGAAAUUCAAUAUCUUAAAAAAAUUAUUAAUAUGACUGUUUUGGAGGAAAAUAUUAAGUUAACAAAUAACAAAGAUUGCGAAAUCUGUGCUUUGGUUUUUCCCGAUAAACAUGAAUACUUAACACGUUCUGUUAGGGAAGAAUUUAACAAUAUAAAAAACAAAUAUUUUUCAGCUACCAAAUUGUUUCAAAUAAAAAUUUCUGAUAAUUCUUGGAAAUUACAAUUGGACAAAUUAUUUUCUGCAAAUAUAGCAGAAGAUAUAAUACAAAUGUUGAACUUGAAUAUUGGAGACAUUCUAUUUUUAACCAUUGGUCCUAAGCUUGAUUCUCAAAAACUUUUAGGAAAAUUACGAAUUGAAUUUACAAACGUAUUGGAAAAUAAUAAUUUAAAAAUACGUUCGUCUGGCUAUAACUUUUUAUGGCUUAUAGAUUUUCCAUUAUUUGAAGUAAAUGAAUCACAGUUGUUAGAAAGUAUGCAUCAUCCAUUUACACAACCUCAUCCAGAAGAUAUGAAAUAUCUUGUAACAAAACCUGAAAAGGUACGAGGUUUACAUUAUGAUUUAAUUUUAAAUGGUUCAGAAAUAGGAGGAGGAUCAGUAAGAAUUCACGAUACGAAUCUUCAAAAACAAAUAUUGAAAAUGUUAGAUAUAAAUGAAGAACAACUUUCACAUAUGCUCGAAGCAUUAUCUAGUGGUGCACCACCUCAUAGCGGAAUAGCACUGGGUCUGGAUCGUCUUGUCUGUAUACUCUGUAAUACGGAAAGUAUCAGAAAUGUUAUAGCAUUUCCAAAAACAAUAGAAGGACGAGAUUUAAUGUCUGGAGCUCCUAUUCCAAUUUCUACUAAAAUAAAAGAAUUGUAUCAUAUAAAAACAGUAAAUGAACAAAGUAAUGUUUAAAAUAAAUAUUGUUAAUUCUAUAUUUAAUAAAUUUAUUAUAUUUUGGCAAAACUA